AUGCCCGUCGCGCUUCCAUUCGCGGCCGCGCAGCCCACUCGAGCGCGAGACGCCUCUCAUCGAGGUCGUCGAGCCGCCCUGUUCUCCUUCGUCGCCGUCCCGCUCGUCGCGAGCGAACGAUCGAACGCAAAGAGCUCUGGUGAUUACACCACCGAUGCUCGAGCCGUACUCGACGCACAGCGAGCGCUCCUGCGUCAGGGCAAGGGCGACGUCGAGACGUAUUUCGAACAGGCCGAUGACUUCUUCGCGACGUAUAAGUUCGAUCACAAGGGACACACGAACUCGUUCAGUCAGUUGAUGAACGACGACGCGAUUAUCCACUCGCAGGCGGAGUAUCUCAAGGCGAACGGGCAGAAGUGGAGUGAGGACAGCGCACCGCCGUCGGGGACGAAUAAGGGGAAGAUGUUGGACGCAUACAUCGCGAACGGCGAUCGGUGCCUGGUGAAGGAGGGGUAUCCUCCGUUCAACGAGAUUAAGAAGGAUCCGGAGACGCUCGCGGCGUGGAAAGCAAUCGAGUGCACGCAGGGAUUGGUAAAGCCGAUGUGA